AUGUUUUUGUAAUUAAAAAAAAAAAUCUAUGCUUCGAUGUUAAAUAUUGCAUACUGUUCACUGCCACAGACAACCCGAACCCUGCAUUAAUUUCACGAUCUGUGCCUGCAAGCUGCAAUUUUGCCCUUUUUUUAAGGGUGCUCUCCUUCAUUGUAGAUCAGCGCUGGCAGCUUUGUUUCUUCGCCAGGGUAGCUGAAGCCAUUUGAAGCCGACGUUCACCAUCCAAUUGCGGCCGUUCACCCAUUGCUUCUCAAUUACGAUUUUUGAAAUGGCCAAUUCCUCCGUUACCCUUUCAGUAAAAGAACCCAUCACUCACGUAAUCUUCGACAUGGAUGGUCUCUUACUCGGAAAUGAUUAAAUGAACUAUGCAUGUGAUGAGCUUUCUACUGCUCCUUGUAUCAGACACAGAGAAAUUCUAUACUGAAGUCCAGGAAAAAAUACUUGCUAGAUAUAAUAAAACCUUUGAUUGGUCUCUCAAGGCAAAAAUGAUGGGGAAGAAAGCAAUAGAAGCAGCUCAGGUUUUUGUUCACGAGACAGGGAUUAGUGAUUCCCUUUCAGCUGAGGACUUUCUUGUAGAAAGAGAAGACAUGCUGCGACACAUGUUUCCAACAAGUGAGCUGAUGCCAGGAGCUAGCCGUUUGAUCGGGCAUCUCCAUGCAAAAGGAAUUCCAAUUUGUGUAGCGACUGGAUCUCACAAGCGGCAUUUUCAAUUGAAAACACAAAGACAUGGUGAACUUUUCUCCUUGAUGCAUCAUAUUGUUCUUGGAGAUGAUCCAGAAGUUAAAAAAGGAAAGCCAUCACCAGAUAUAUUCCUUGCUGCAGCCAGGAGAUUUGAGGGCGAGCCAGUAGAUCCAAAGAAGAUUCUUGUUUUUGAAGAUGCACCCUCGGGUGUUCUUGCAGCUAAGAAUGCUGGAAUGAAUGUUGUAAUGGUUCCAGAUCCAAGGCUAGACAGAUCUCAUCAUGAAACUGCAGAUCAAGUUUUGAGCUCAUUGUUGGAAUUUGAUCCAGGUUACUGGGGCUUGCCUUCUUUCGAAAAAGGGGAAAACUAAAUUUGCAAGAUUUUUAAACGAAUCACUUUAGAUUCUCGUCUAUUCGUCUCAUUUUAGGCAUCUGCCCUUUCUGGUUGCGUUUUUUGCAUUUUCUCAUUGUUGGUUUGCAAUAUUACAUUUCUAGGUGGUAUUCCUCAACUUUGGUCAGAUUUCCUAUUCUUGCAAAGGGCAGAAGCCUACAUGUUAGGAAACCUAUACCUAUCACCUUUUUAUCAAAAUAUUACAUUUACUUCUA